UUCCUCGCCGCGGGAGCGCCGCGCCCCAUGGCCGCUCCGCAGGACCCGCUGCCCCCAGAUCAUGCAGCUAAAGAGCCAGUGGAGGAUACAGAUCCAAGCACUCUUUCCUUAACAAUGACAGAAAAAUAUCCUGUCCAAGACACAGGAGUGCCUAAAGAUGAGGAAUACCUAACAGAUCAAGUUACUUUGGAAAUUGCAUCUGUGAACAUCAAGACCCUUACAUCAGAUUCUGGCCUAAUACAACAGCCAGAAGACAAAGACACACAGAGCCAUACUGAUGAAUCGCUUUCAGAUCUCAAGAAAACCUGCAAGGAAAAUGUCACCUGCUCCUUGUGCUUAUUCCGUGCGCCAACCAUCAGUGACAUGCUCAAUGAUGAGGACUUGUUGUACACAGUGAGGCUAAAGCUGGAUCCCUGCCAUCCAACAGUGAAAAACUGGAGAAAUUUAGCAAGCAAGUGGGGGAUGACUUAUGAUGAAUUGUGUUUCCUUGAACAAAAGCCCCAAAGUCCCACCUUGGAAUUCUUGCUACGGAAUAGUGACCGGACUGUGGAGCAGCUGAUUGAUCUCUGUAAAUUUUAUAAGAGAAUUGAUGUUGUGAAAGUGCUGCUGAAAUGGGUGGAGGAGGAAUGGCCCAAGAGAGGGAACAGAACUUACCAGAAUGAUUUCUAGGUCAAGUUGUUAUUCUGUACGUGUUAAAUGCUAGCUACCACUGAUACAUUGGAAGUUUCCCUUGCAAGAGAGAGAAAGCCUGUACUGAGGGUUUGUAUACUGUGUAAGCUUUAUCUACUGUAUACACAAUGUAAGCUUUAUGCCCUCAGGGUUGCAAAGACAACCUUCCAAAAGUGGAUGGAAUCAUCCAGGUUGAGUUCUUGAGUCUGCUAAUAUCUUCAGUUUCUUUGCUGCUGUUCACAGCCUUCCUAAAUAGAAAAGGAAUGAAAAAGCCUGACUGCUUGUUUUCCUGCAGCACUUGUGAACCAUAUCAGUUGUGUGCUGUUAUUGGGGAAAGCCACAGUUAGAAGACAAGUUUCUUGACCUUACUGGUAAUUUUCUAUGUUCUACCUAGUAGAAGAUGAGGUGGAAUCUUUUUUUCUUCCUUUUUAGUUGUUUUUUAAGCUUUGUGACACUGUUUUUGGCACAGGAACACCUCAGUGUUCCAGGCAGCAGUUUGGAUCUGAAUGUUGCAAUUAACUGAAUAUUCAACAUCACAGUUGAAAAAAUUAAGUCUCUUAUGAACAAGAGUAGACAUUAAACAGUAACAGCUGUUAAACAAAAUAAUUACUCACAUGCUACUACAUCAUAGUGUAUAUAUGUACUCUAAGAGAAAUCAUGCAAUUCAGAGAGACUUUUCAACCCAUAACCUUUAGGGGCAAAAAAACCCCAAAUAAAAGGCUCUGUGCUUAAAACUACUUUCCAAAGGUUUAAAGGCAGUGUACACUGUGAGUGCAGGUAUCAAAUCCCUCUCACUUUGCAGUGUGAGAUGAUGGCACCACAGGGUAUUGUUAGUAUUGACUGUAACUUCCCUUUUCACAAGCUGUGGUUUUCUUUACAGUUCUGUGGGUUGCCCUACUUUCUGUCCCACACCAAGGCAGUUGCAGUCUUGUGUGAAACUAGCACUAUAUAUUGAUUAGAACCACUCUAAUGGAAAAUGAACAGCUGAAUUCACCUACAGCCCAGGUGGAUAGCUAUUAAAGCACUUACAGUGGUUUAGACUGAUUUUUUUAAAGGAUUCUGAUUGUGUGAAUUACAUUGUUUACAUUUUAAAUGUUUCAGAAUUGGCCUUUCUCCCACCAUUCUUCUGACAUCUCAGACAUGUAGUAUGUACAUAGAUGUAUAUACCUAAGCACUGGUCAAGUUGUAGGGCAAAACUAGAAUGGGGUGUAGGUUGAUACACCGUUUACUUUUCUUGAGUAGAAAUAAUAAGAAUUAGUAGUGAAGCUGAGGGAAGUCUAAUGCUGUAUGCUGAGUUUCUUACUGUAAGAGUUUGAAAAGGGACCUCUAGUAAUACUUUACUAUAGACACUGAGUGAUAUGGUUACAGAGGAGCUAGAAGUAAAGACUAACAUUUUCAAGUCAGGCACUUGUUCUGGACUGACAUAAAAUUAGCUUUAUUUUAGUGACUUCAAGAAGCUGAAAGUCUUGUUUCAGGGUAAAGAAAUUGACCUAGAUUUUAGGUUUGAAUUUUUAAUUUUUUUUAGAAAAGACUGGAAUUUGUGAUGAAUUUUUUUAACCAUUCCUCAAAAAAAAAAAAAAAAGCUGCUACUCUUUAGAACUCUAGUUUUCUAACUGUAUUUUAAGGAGAAAAUUUUACUGCUCUGUCUUCUUGGGGCUGGAGUUUAAGUGCUUAAUGGUUCUCUUCUAAGAGUGGGUGUUUCCCAACAGGUGUCUGCCUCAUAACUUUUGCAAAUAAUCUGUCUUGAGUUAGAUGCUCUAGACUCAGCUUUGGGGACUAUUGCUGUGGCUGGGCUGCCUGCUGCUUUCAGGUCCUGCACAGGCAUCCACUGCUGAUGUGCAAAUAGCUCAUAAUGCAGCUUGUCCAACAUAAUUGCCAUACCUUGGGCUGACUGCAUGCAGGAUUUAGGUUCAUGUGUUCUGUGUGUUUGUAAUUAUAGAGCACGACACAGUACAAAAAUACAUGACUCCAUCAAAAGGGUGCAAGAGAGAGAUUUAUUGCAGCAAGAUUGCUUUUAUACUUCAUGAUAUUUACACCCAUCCAACAUACACAUUCAGUGCCCAUUGGUCAUAAGAGAGAAACAAAGUUCCCAGUAGGUGAUCAG